UAUACAUCAUUCUUGUUUCAUUUUUUGGAUACUCAUUUGAGUUUUUAGUGGAAAAAAAAAAUAGAGUGUUUAAGCAAUGGCAGCUCCACCUAAACCUGAAGAAAUUAGUCAUCCUCCAAUGGACCAGCUUCAAGGUUUGGAGUAUUGUAUUGACUCUAAUCCUUCUUGGGGGGAAGCUAUUGCUUUGGGAUUUCAGCAUUACAUCUUGGCAUUGGGAACUGCUGUUAUGAUUCCUUCAUUUCUUGUUCCUUUGAUGGGUGGAAAUGAUGGUGACAAAGUGAGGGUGGUGCAGACCCUGCUUUUUAUUGAAGGAAUCAAUACACUCCUACAGACUUUAUUUGGAACUCGUUUACCUACUGUAAUUGGAGGGUCAUGGGCUUUUGCGGUACCGAUAAUAUCCAUAAUCCAUGAUUCAUCAUUGACAAGGAUUACCGAUCCUCAUGAAAGAUUCCUAAGCACGAUGAGAGCAAUUCAGGGAGCAUUGAUAGUAGCAUCAAGUGUUCAGAUAAUUUUGGGCUAUAGUCAACUCUGGGCUAUUUGUUCCAGAUUUUUCAGCCCAGUAGGAAUGGUUCCGGUAAUUGCUCUGGCCGGCUUUGGUCUUUUUGACAAGGGUUUCCCGCUGGCUGGGGAGUGUGUGGAAAUCGGUGUACCUAUGUUCAUUUUAUUUGUAAUCCUCUCUCAGUAUUUGAAAAACUUCCAGUUCAGGCAACUGCCAGUGAUGGAACGAUUUGCUCUAAUUAUGUCAAUCACGGUUAUUUGGGCUUAUGCACACCUCCUAACGGCUAGUGGUGCAUACAGACAUCACCCAGAGGCUACCCAAAAGCACUGCCGCACUGAUAGAGCAAAUCUCAUUUCAACUGCACCAUGGAUAAAAAUCCCAUAUCCACUUCAGUGGGGUGCUCCUACUUUUGAUGCUGGUCAUGCUUUUGGAAUGAUGGCUGCAACACUUGUCUCCUUGAUUGAGUCAACUGGAGCAUAUAAAGCAGCAUCUCGCUUAGCAAGUGCUACACCACCCCCAGCUCAUGUUCUGAGCCGUGGCAUUGGCUGGCAGGGUAUCGGUAUCCUGUUUAGUGGACUUUUUGGGACAGUUACUGGAUGUACAGUUUCUAUUGAGAAUGUUGGACUUCUUGGAAGUACUCGUGUGGGUAGCCGAAGAGUGAUCCAAAUUUCAGCUGGCUUUAUGAUCUUCUUCUCAAUGUUAGGCAAAUUUGGAGCAUUAUUUGCAUCAAUACCUUUCCCAAUAUUCGCUGCUGUAUAUUGUGUCUUGUUCGGCCUUGUUGCUUCUGUGGGGUUGUCAUUUCUGCAGUUCACAAACAUGAACUCAAUGAGAAACCUCUUCAUUGUUGGCGUUUCUCUCUUCCUCGGGUUGUCUAUUCCCGAGUACUUCAGGGAAUACACCACUGCUGCUUUGCAUGGCCCUGCUCACACUAAGGCUGGAUGGUUCAAUGAUUUUCUCAACACUAUCUUUCUGUCUUCACCAACUGUGGCUUUGAUGGUUUCUGUGUUUCUGGAUAACACACUGGAGUACAAGGACAGUGCAAAAGAUAGGGGAAUGCCCUGGUGGGUGAAGUUCAGGACAUUUAAGGGGGAUAGCAGAAAUGAAGAGUUUUACACCCUUCCUUUUAAUCUUAACCGCUUCUUUCCACCUUCAUGAUCGUGCUAGCGAUAUAUCUGGAGUAAAAGGAAGGAGGUGAAAGUGAAAUAUGAGAAGAGUUUGAUCUCAUCCUAGCUCAGGGUUGACCCGUAUUUUGUCUCGAAGGACAGGAGAUGAAAGGAAAUGAAGAACUCUAUAUAGAAGAAAAGCAAGCAGUUAUGAUGAAAUCCUAGGAAGUAGACAUAAGUUGACAUGAAUAUUUAUUCAUUUAUUUGUAGUCAUAAAUGUCAAGGCCUAUUUUGGCAUAAUGAAGAGAUCUCAAAAGAAAGUUUUGUUUCAUUA